ACAUCUGCAUUAAACCCGGAAUCACUGGUCAGUAAUAUUUGGAAAGCAAAUCUUGGAAAAAUUAAACAUUUGUGAAAUUCCAUCAUGGAAAUCAAAGAAGAAGGAACAUCAGAAGAAGGCCAGCACUUUCUUCCCACAGCCCAGGCAAAUGAUCCUGCAAACCCCCAGUUCACCAGUAUCCAGAAGACUCCAAAUGAACCACAGUUAGAAUUCAUACUUGCAUGCAAGGAUCUCGUGGCUCCUGUCCGUGAUCGGAAACUGAAUACAGUGGUGCAGAUCUCAGUAAUACACCCUGCUCAGCAGAGUCUGACAAGAUACGCCAGCACUGAAGUUGUGGAGGGAACAAGGGACCCGCUGUUUCUGACGGGUGUCACAUUCCCAUCUGAGUAUCCCAUCUAUGAGGAGACCAAAAUCAAGCUAACGGUCUAUGAUGUCAAGGAUAAGUCUCAUGACACCGUUCGAACCUGCGCCCUCCCUGAAGAUAAGGACCCCCCUGUGGAAAUUGGGAGGAGCUUCUUGGGCUAUGCCAGUUUUAAAGUCGGGGAGCUACUGAAGUCAAAGGAGCAGCUGCUGUCCCUGAGCCUGAGAACUUCAGAUGGUGGCAAAGUGGUUGGCACCAUAGAAGUCAGUGUCGUGAAGAUGGGGGAGACUGAAGAUGGAGAAACUGACCACAUUACAACAGAUAUGCAGGGACAAAAGUGUCCCCUGGUAUGGGAAAGUACAUCCCCAGAAAGUGUGUGCGGAAAAGAUAACUUGCCUUUUUUGAAUACAGUAUUAAAGAACCCAGUGUGUAAACUGUAUAGAUUUCCGACAUCUGACAAUAAGUGGAUGCGGAUUCGGGAGCAAAUGUCGGAGAGCGUACUUUCUUUUCAUAUUCCUAAGGAAUUGAUUUCCCUUCACAUAAAAGAAGAUUUGUGUAGAAACCAGGAGCUAAAAGAACUUGGUGAACUUUCUCCACACUGGGACAAUCUACGGAAAAAUGUCCUGACUCACUGUGAUCAAAUGGUGAACAUGUAUCAAGACAUUUUGACAGAACUCAACCGGGAAACAGGGUCUUCUUUCAAAUCAAGCAGCAGUAAAGGAGAGAAAACAUUAGAAUUUGUUCCUGUAAAUCUGCAUUUGCAAAGAAUGCAUGUACACAGCCCUCACCUGAAAGAUGCUCUCUACGAUGUCAUCACUGUGGGAGCCCCAGCUGCCCAUUUCCAGGGGUUUAAGAACGGUGGUCUUCGGAAGUUACUCCAUAGAUUUGAAACAGAGAGAAGAAAUACUGGAUACCAGUUUAUUUACUACUCACCCGAAAACACAGCCAAAGCAAAAGAAGUUCUGAGCAACAUCAAUCAGCUGCAGCCUCUAAUAGCAACCCAUGCGGACCGACUGCUUAGUUCUGCGAGCCAGCGUUCUCCAGACAGCUUGAAGAAUUCUUUAAAAAUGCUUGCAGAACAAACAGAGCUUUUUGUACAUGCCUUCAAGGAUCAACUGGUCAGAAGCGCUCUUCUAGCACUUUACACUGCAAGACCAGGGGGAAUUCUGAAGAAGACACCCUCUCCUAAGGGAAGUAAAGAGGAGAGCAGCCCCCGAGAGCAGCCCCCGCCAGUGAAAAGGCAGGACUCCAUACCACAUCAUUCAGACUACGAUGAAGAAGAGUGGGAUAGGGUGUGGGCCAGUGUGGGGAAGAGCCUGAACUGCGUAAUAGCGAUGGUGGAUAAAUUGAUCGAAAGAGACGAUGGUGGUGAAGGCAGUGCUGACAGCAACAAAGAUGGAGAGAAGGAUCCUUCACUAGUGGAUUCCAUCAUGCCUCAUCCAAGGGAGGACUGGUAUGAGCAGCUGUACCCCCUCAUCCUCACUCUGAAAGACUGCAUGGGAGAAGUCGUGAACCGAGCCAAGCAGUCCCUGACGUUUGUGCUUCUCCAGGAACUGGCAUACAGCUUGCCACAGUGUUUGAUGCUCACACUGAGAAGAGACAUCGUCUUCAGCCAAGCACUUGCUGGAUUGGUUUGUGGUUUUAUCAUCAAAUUGCAUUCAAGUUUAAAUGACCCUGGAUUCCUGCAGCAGCUUUAUACCGUGGGAUUGAUUGUACAAUAUGAAGGAUUGCUAAGUACAUACAGUGAUGAAAUUGGAAUGCUAGAGGACAUGGCUGUUGGCAUUUCAGAUUUAAAGAAAGUAGCAUUUAAAAUCACUGAAGCCAAAUCGAAUGAUGUCUUGCCAGUCAUAACAGGAAGACGUGAACAUUAUGUGGUGGAGGUCAAGCUUCCAGCUGCGAUGUUUGAGUUGCUACCUCUACAGAUUAAAGAAGGACAGCUGCUUCAUGUGCAUCCAGUUCUUUUCAAUGUUGGAAUCAAUGAACAGCAAACUCUUGCUGAGAGGUUUGGAGAUGUCUCUUUGCAAGAAAAUAUUAAUCAAGAAAAUUUUGAACUGCUAAAAGAGUAUUAUAAAGUAUUUAUGGAAAAAAUGCCUCCUGAUUGUAAGUAUGCAAGCUACAGAAAACAGCAGAACUUCGCUCAAAUCCUCAUUCAUUCACUUCUCCCUCUCCUCCAAUCACCGCCCAAAAAAAGAAAAAAUGUGGAAAUCAUGUGGCUGGCUGCAACGAUUUGUCGCAAACUAAAUGGCAUCCGUUUCACUUGCUGUAAAAGUGCCAAAGACAGGACUUCAAUGUCAGUUACGCUGGAACAGUGCUCCAUUCUGAGGGACGAACACCAGUUGCACAAGGACUACUUCAUCCGGGCGCUGGACUGUAUGAGAAGCAGACAAACCCAGGGAGCACUGAGUGAAUCCGAUGAUCCUGAGACAGGCUGUCUAACUGACAACAAGCCAACUUCUCGACACUUCUACCCUGUCGCCUUGCUGCUUGUCAGCUCGCACCUGCUAGUUGUGUGGCUCAUUUUAAGUCUUGCGUUACUAUUAGCCAAAUACCAAUAAGUUUUACAUUGUACUCCUUUCUUUUCUACAAAUGGCAUUGGGCUUUGAAUUAUGGGGACAAUGCUGUAAUAUUUCUACAUUUUCAGAUCCAAAAAAUUUAAAGCAAUGUUUGAAUUAAAAGUGUUUUUGUUUUUCCUAAAAUUUAAGAAACAUAAAGUACUAUGCAUUAAGUGGAUUAUUUUGCUCUUUUGUUCAUGGACAAGUGUUUCACUGUUCACUGGCUCAUGUAUUUCAAAAUUAUUGUCUUUGGAAAAAGACAACAGAAUCCUGAAAGCUUGACGUUCUGAACCUCCUCUUCCUCUUCCCACGGAAUUAAGAAAAUUAAGACUGGAUUUGCAUAGCACGUUGAAUUCCUGAGAAAGUCCUAGAGACCUGGGAGGUUACAGACUUUCUUUCCACUGUGCAAACAUUGUAGUUGUGAUCAGCUAAUAGAAACUUCUGUUUGGGUGUCUAACCUGUUUUAUUUCUUUGCUGCAAUUAACUUUUCAUGUCAAGUAACUUUAUGACAAUAAUGGCUAUUUAUGUUUUGUAAUUAAAUUAACCUGUUUAUAACUAUUGUUUGGGUUGAUUUGGCUUUCAGAGUACUUUUCUAUUCUUUUUAACAAAGUCUUGUUUGUGUGUUGAUGUACCAUUUUUAGCACCUGUGAGUUUUGUAUUGUCUGUGGAGAAGUACUCUUCCCUUGCAAAACUGAGACUUGGAACAGGCUGUUCGGAAAGCCAUUUUCUCUCUUCAUUGCACAGCUAAAAUAAUGAAGUAAAGUAGAGAUCAAACUUUUCUUUAAAAAAAUCUAUAGGGCCAGACUUAAUCAAGUAAAUGCCUUAUUCCUAGAACCUGCAUCCUUAGGGCUAACAUAUAGAUUUUAAUGUGUUUUAAAGAAAGUGAGAAAUUAAUUUAUGAAAAAGUUAUAAAAAAAGGCAGAUAUAUUUAUGAAACUUAAGUGAAGCUGUAUUGUGGAUCAAAUUAUAUUUAAAGAGUUUAUUAAACUUUAAAUAUAUGUUAAGAGCAAAGAGACUUUAAUCAUCUCUUUCCGAAGGCAAUAAUGGUAUUGGGCCUGGCCUAUGAUUUAAUUUUGUAAGAUGUAUCAUCACUUGUGAAAAAAAAAAUAAUGUAGAGUUGACUCUUUGUUAUUUUUACCUGGACUGUUGACACAACUCUGCAUUGAACAAAUAAAGCAUAUUUAUUUAUUCUGUGUUUCAUGAAGUUGUGCUUUUUUCC